AUGUUUUUCCACAUCGUGCUGGAGCGGAACAUGCAGCUGCACCCGCGGCACUUCGGGCCGCACCUCCGCGACAAGCUCGUCUCCAAGCUCAUCAAGGACGUCGAGGGCACCUGCAGCGGGCGGCACGGGUUCGUGGUGGCGAUUACGGGUGUGGAGGACAUCGGCAAGGGGCUCAUCCGGGAAGGCACGGGAUACGUCACCUUCCCCGUCAAGUACCAGUGUGUCGUCUUCAGACCCUUCAAGGGCGAGAUCCUCGAGGCUGUCGUCACCAUGGUGAACAAGAUGGGCUUCUUUGCGGAGGCUGGGCCGGUGCAGAUCUUCGUGUCCAACCAUUUGAUUCCAGACGAUAUGGAGUUCCAAUCGGGAGAUGUGCCAAACUACACAACUUCUGAUGGAUCGGUGAAAAUUCAAAAAGAGAGUGAGGUGCGGCUGAAGAUUAUUGGUACUCGUGUCGAUGCUACAGAAAUUUUUUGCAUUGGUACAAUAAAGGAUGACUUUCUGGGUGUUAUCAACGAUCCUGGUGCAGCAGUGUAA